AGGAGUCAGCAUAGAAAUGCAUCUGUGUAGAAACUUGUUCACCAAGCGCCUGUCAACCAGAAGACUGUCUUUAAAACCAGAAACAGUGAAAGCUCUAUUCUGAUACUGAUUGAAACCAGACCUGAACAAAGGAAAUGGAUUCCCAAAUUGAAAAGACCAGCCAGAGUCUGACCACUUCUGCAGACAUGCGGAAAACUACCCAGAUGCUGAUGCAGCCAAAUGCAAACUGGGAGGAGUAUCUGGCUCCUUCUCCCCUCUCCAUCGCCAUCAUGGGGGAGUUGGUCUUCAUCUCGUCAAAUACAGACUUCUCCAUUAACAAGAACCCCCCAGAAGAUGGAUUCAAGUACAUAAAGUACCCAGAUUCCUUCAGGGCUUGUCUCAUGCAAGUCUGUAACUCAGGCUGGCAAGCUUUCAACCUCGCCCAUAAGAAUAUGGAUCAAAUCCGCAUUCAUACAGCCUCUGUUCCAGACUACAUGAAAUCUGUGGUAAAAAUCCUCUUUCAGGGAGAUGAUGAAACUGUUGAAAAUUUUCUCCCAAACCAGUUGAAAAACAUCCCGACCAUUGCAGAUGAAUGUGUGGAGCUAGCAGAUGGAGUUAAAAAGCUAUACAAUGAUGUCAUUAGUUUAAUCCAGGAGCUGCUGGAAGCCAUCAUCAAUGCUAAACACAUCCAUGGAGAAGACCUGGAAAAGGUUAUGAACAAAAUUAAGGAAAAUGAAAUGAGGGAAAAGAGUGCAAAGGAGUUAGAUGAAAGAUAUACUAAAGCAAUGGAGGCUAUGUCUAACCAGGUUGAAGAAGCACAAGAAGAGUACAAAAGAUCAAUGAACUCCCUCCCAACAGGGUGGGAUCUGGUUAGCACUGAGGUAGCUGAAACACUGACACAGACAGUGGGUACAAUGGUAAAUGCAGUUGCUGCAAUGGCCUCACAACAUCCAGCAACUUCAAAAUCUGGAUCUUCAGAAAUGGACGUAUUUAACAAGAGUGAAACUGUGGACGUGGUCUCAGAACUAGAAAUCUACAGCAGGUCUUCACAGAUUCUUAGACAAGCAACAACUUUCCUAGAGUACAUAGAUGAAGAUAAGAUCAACUGGAAAGCGCUGUAUGACCAGAAGACCAAGAGCCCAAAAACUCAGUACACCAAGGAAGAAUUUGAAAGGCUCUUUAAAAAAAUACAGAAGGCAGAUGUGAGCAAAGUAAAAGAUAAAGCUCUGUCUCUGUGUGAGAGGGGCAUCACCAUCUGUGAACGUCUCGCAUCAUAUUCUCCAGACCAGGUUUGGGAUAAGGAAACAACAGCAGAGCUGAUUAAAGAAGUAAACAUGCUGCAUCAAGAUGCUCUGAAGUUUGACUCUAAGAGUAAAUUCAAGACUGCUACUCCAGCUUUUACUCCUAAACCACCAAUGGUUUUCAAAACAAGGGGGAAUUCUGGACCACAGUCUACAAAGCAAAGAGCAGCAGAGAACGCACGCUUUCGCAUAGAGCAGAGCCGAGAACAGCUGAAGCAAGCUGGAGAAGAAUAUAGCAAAGUUGUGGAGAGAAUGGAGAGAAACAAGAAAGAGCUAAUUGACAUCUUGGUGGAGAUGCAAAACUGCAAGAUUAAAGAGAUUGAGUUUGACACAAUAAUCAAAUUGCUUAUAAAAGGCAUGGAUGCCAUGGGUCGAGUGAAAGAGCAGUGGGAGAAGAUGGUGCGCUUCUUCAAAAUGGUGGCUGAUAUUGUGAGAAACAGUCUUGGGAAAACCCUGCCCCAGUUCUUGCAAAACUCUGAAAACAUGGAAGAAUCUACCUACAACUCUAAGCUCUUUACCAAAGACCUGGUGUACAGCCAGGCCUUUCAAGCUUCCAACAUCGCCAGCCUGGUCCAUAUGAUCUCAUGGACCUACUGUGAAGUGUCCAACAAAUACCUGAUGGACAGUGUGAGCAGGCUGGGUAGACUCAUGACAAUGGAAAAUGAGACAACUGAGUUUAAAGAAGUGCACAAGAACCUGCAAGACUCCUGCCAAAAAGCUCAGGAAAACAUCUUAAACUUGGUCCAAAAAACCCAGAAAGAAUUUAAGAAAAAUACAGAUACCAGAAUGGCACAAAUUGAAAGUAGGCUGAAGGCUGUUCUGCCCGCUGCUUCACCAGAGGAAACUCAAAGGAUCAAAGAAAUUGUUCAGGCCAGCAUUACAGAUGAAGACACAGAUAAUCAAUAAAGUUUGAUUAAAAUCAAGGGCAUAUAUAGAUUUAGGGGCUGUGGUGAAAAAAACUGUAAUCAUGUUGUAAUCAUGGGUGUUUCUGUUUUAGGUAAAAUGUUUUUAAGUAAUAAAGCUAUAAAAUAACUUAAAACAAACAUCUGAAGCUUUAAAGUGGUAAUAUUUGAAUUUGCAUUUAUCUGCAUCUCAACAUAGAAAAGAACUGUUGUGAAGCACUGAAG